AUGCCGCUUUGGGCGCACAACUCCUGGGUGUGCCUGUUCGCUGCCAUGCUAGCUGUUGCGAUUGGCGGGAACGCGAUCGUCAUUUGGAUUGUUACAGCUCACAGAAGAAUGCGGACCGUUACAAAUUACUUCUUGGUGAACCUGUCGUUUGCAGACCUCAUGAUGGCUUCCCUCAACUGCCUUUUCAACUUCAUCUACAUGUUACACAGCGACUGGGUGUUCGGCGUCCGGUACUGCCAGCUCAGCAAUUUUAUCGCCAACGUGACGGUGGCAGCGAGCGUGUUUACACUCACCGGCAUCUCUUUUGACAGGUAUCAAGCCAUCGUCAGGCCGAUGCGGCCGCGCAUGUCCAAAACCUGCUCCCUCAUCAUGAUUGCUGGGAUCUGGGUCAGCGGGAUGCUGCUCGCUAUACCCUGUCUUCUCUACUCCACUACUAAGGAAUACAGAUCGAAGGGCACCCUCAAAACUGCGUGCCUAUUAUCGUGGCCUGAUGGAUUGCCCGAUGUCUCAUAUAUGGAUUUCGUGUACCAAGUGCUAUUCUUCGUGGUCACAUACGCGGUCCCAAUGCUGGGCAUGACGUUCUUCUACUCAGCAAUGGGUAAAGUUUUAUGGGGGUCCGGGUCCAUCGGGGAACUGACGCAGCGACAGGUGGACUCGAUACGAUCGAAACGAAAGGUGGUCAAGAUGUUCAUCCUAGUGAUAGUGAUAUUCGGAAUCUGCUGGCUGCCGUAUCACAGCUACUUCAUCUACACGCAUUUCAACCCCUCAAUACUGUACAUGAAGUACGUCCAACACGUGUACCUUGGCUUCUAUUGGCUGGCGAUGGCCAAUGCCAUGGUCAACCCCAUCAUCUACUACUGGAUGAAUGCCAAGUUCCGAGCGUACUUCCGUACGGCUAUCCUGUGCCGGUGGCGAGAAGCGUUCCGGCGGCGCAAGCGGCCGCUGCCCGAGUCGCCGCCGGACUGUGUCUCGCAGUCCGGCAGCCGAUCCCGAUCAGGUUUUUACUCGUUAACGUAUCGAGGAACUCAGAGACUCAAGAGGAAAUGCAGUAGCCGAAUGGCCGCUCUCGUCGUCUCGGACUCUGCUCGACCACCGAUCGCCGAGACAGCCUUCGCUUGCUAGCUGUCCCAAGUGCCCCCACAGCAUGUACUACGAUGCGUACAUCCACGGGAGGAAAGUGUAAAUAUGAGGAGAACGAACAAUCCGAGGUACU